AAAAUUACUUCUGCUUUUGUCAAGUUUUCUGCUACCAGUUUAGUGACUAGGCUAUUUCCUUACUGAUACAAAUCUUCUCAUACUUCUAUCAUUGAACUCUCUUAAGUGAAUGUGAAAGAUAUUAGGUGGAGAUGACUGACAGUGCUAUUUAUUCCGUGUUAGAAUUACCUACCACAACCCAAGUCCAGAAUGACUACAGACCCCAGCAAAAAGCUCCUUCCAGGCCUUCUCUUGCUUGCCUUGUGGCCAUAGCUCUGGGGCUUCUGAAUGCAAUUCUUACAAGUUUGCUGCUAUACCAAUGGAUUCUGUGCCAGGGGUCCAACUACUUCACUUGCGCCAGCUGUCCUAGCUGCCCAGAUCUCUGGAUGAGACAUGGUAACCAUUGUUAUUAUUUUUCAAUGAAGAAAAGGGACUGGAAUUCUAGUCUGCACUUCUGCUUAGCCAAACACUCAGAUCUCCUGAUGAUAAUGGACAACCAGGAAAUGAGCCUGCUUAAAGAUUUCAUCAGUCAGGAUUUUCACUGGAUUGGUCUGAGGAAUAAUUCUGGCUGGAGGUGGGAAGAUGGAUCAGCUUUAAACUUGUCAAGGGUUCUUUCUAAUAGCUGGGUGCAGAUGUGUGGUGCCAUCAACAAAGACGGUCUUCAAGCUUCCAGCUGUGAAGUUCCUUUGCAGUUCAUCUGUAAGAAGGUCAGACAUUGAUGCAAGGUUGCACUAUCCUGAAUCUCAGAGCUGUCGUGUAUCUUUGAAAAGAGGGAACUGGCCUUUGGGAUAUUGGGCCAGCCAUGAGUAUAUAUUUAGUGAAUGCAAGCCUGCUAAGAUAGUGGUAUUAGGCAGAAGACUAACGUGGCCUGUAGAGAUUGAUAUUGUACUGCUGGUUUCUCUCUGAGACAAUUUAAAUAUUAUGUUAACAAUGCUUAAAGAUCAUAUUUAGGCAAAUUUAUGAAAUAGGUAAAAGUUUGCUUUUAGUAGUUCUCUGUCAGCUCAUGCUGGCUCCCUCAUCCCCACACCUACCAUCUCUGUCAAAGGUAUACCUAUUUUUCCAUCAAUGACUGAAUGGAUAAAGAAAAUGUUGAAUGCAUACAUAGUGGGAAAUUAUUCAGCCAUCAAAGGAUUGAAAUUCUAUCAUUUGUAGUAACAUGGAUGAGCCUGGAGGACAUUAUGUUAAGAGAAAUAAACCAGACACAGAAAGACAAAUACCUUAUGUUCUCAUGUGUGAAAGUGAUAAAGAGUUGAUCUCAUAUUUAUGGAGAGCACAAUAGUGGUUAUCAGAGGCUGUAAAGGGAGAGGGUGGUAGAGUUUGGUUAACUGUUAUAUUGAGGAGUAAUUUCUAGUGUUCCAUAGAACAGUAGGUUGACUAGAGUUAACAAUAAUUUAUUGUGGAUUUCAAAACAGUCAGAAGAGAGACCUUUGAAUGUUUCUAAAUGUUUGAGGUGAUGGCUGUGUUGGCCUGAAUUGAGCAUUAUAUAUUUUAUGUAUGUAUUGAAAUAUCACUCUCUACCCUAUAAACAUGUACAAUUAAUA